GCGCUCCCGAGCAGAAGCUGCGGGAGAGGAGAGUCAGGUGGCUGAGGAUGCACGGCAGGCAGAGGCGGGGGAUGCGGCGGCGGCUCAGGAGUGCCCGGCGCUUGCCUGUGCCUGUCCCUAGACUGGGCUAAGGAAGCCCCCGCUGACCGCCGCCCGUACCUGAUGCGCUGCCUGGAGGCGCCCCUGGGUCCAGCUGCAUGAGCAGUGGACGCGGCGGCGCCCGGCUUCUGCGGGCGCCUCCCCCUAUGGAGCAGCCGCUCCAUGGAGCCCUUCACAGCGCGCAGCACCAGUCCGCAGCCGGAGGCGGGGGCCGACGGCGCCGGCAGCAGCAGCAGCCCCGGAGAGGAGCCCUCUCCGGGCGGGCCGCUCUGGACCGCAGUGUUCGAGUACGAGGCGUGCGGCGACGACGAGUUGAGCCUGCGGCCGGGGGACGUGGUGCAGGUGCUGUCCCGGGACGCGCUCGUGUCUGGGGACGAGGGCUGGUGGACGGGGCGGAUCGACCAACGUGUCGGCAUCUUCCCCAGCAACUACGUGAGCAGCAGCGCGCACAGCCGCCGCCAGGGGGGCGCCCAGGAGCUGCGACCCCACUACCCGCCGCCCCCGGCCAUACACCUACUGGAGAUUGACUUCUCAGAGCUGUCUCUGGAGGAAAUCAUUGGCAUAGGAGGCUUUGGAAAAGUCUAUCGAGCUGUUUGGGAAGGAGACGAAGUUGCUGUCAAGGCAGCUCGUUAUGACCCUGAUGAGGAUAUCAGCCAGACCAUUGAGAAUGUCCGCCAAGAGGCCAAGCUCUUUGCUAUGUUAAAGCAUCCCAACAUCAUUGCCCUCAGGGGAGUGUGUCUGAAGGAACCUACCCUCUGCCUGAUCAUGGAGUUUGCCCGUGGUGGGUCGCUAAAUAGGGUGCUGUCAGGUAAAAGGAUCCCCCCAGACAUACUAGUCAACUGGGCUGUCCAGAUUGUCAGGGGAAUGAAUUACCUGCAUGAUGAAGCGAUUGUUCCUAUUAUCCACCGUGACCUCAAGUCCAGCAACAUAUUGAUACUCGAGAAGGUGGAAAAUGGAGACCUGAGCAACAAGAUAUUGAAGAUCACAGAUUUCGGCUUGGCCAGAGAAUGGCAUAAAACCACCAAAAUGAGUGCAGCUGGAACAUAUGCCUGGAUGGCUCCUGAGGUCAUCCGCUCCUCCAUGUUCUCCAAAGGCAGCGAUGUGUGGAGGGGGAGUUUUACCUGGACAUGGUAUUCCUUAUUUUCAUUCCUAAAUUGGUGUGAUACAGUGUCUUUUCCAGUAUUCCAGGAGGUGGAUACAUUUCGAUGUUAUGGUGUGCUCCUUUGGGAACUGCUAACUGGGGAGGUACCAUUCCGAGGAAUUGAUGGUCUAGCAGUAGCAUACGGAGUUGCCAUGAAUAAACUUGCCCUUCCGAUCCCAUCCACGUGCCCGGAACCUUUUGCCAAACUCAUGGAAGACUGUUGGAAUUCUGACCCACACUCACGACCAUCUUUCGCCAAUAUACUAGACCAGCUCACUACCAUAGAGGAGUCUGGCUUCUUUGAAAUGCCCAAAGAUUCCUUCCACUCCUUGCAGGAAGACUGGAAACAUGAGAUCCAGGAGAUGUUUGAUCAGCUCAGGGCCAAAGAAAAGGAGCUGCGCACGUGGGAGGAGGAGCUGACCCGUGCUGCACUCCAGCAGAAGAACCAUGAGGAGCUGCUGCGGCGGCGGGAGCAGGAGUUGGCAGAACGUGAGAUUGACAUCCUGGAAAGGGAGCUCAACAUCAUUAUCCACCAGCUGUGCCAGGAGAAGCCUCAGGUGAAGAAGCGCAUGGGCAAGUUCAAGAAAAACCGUCUUAAGUUGAAAGAUGGCAAUCGCAUCAGCCUCCCUUCAGAUUUCCAGCACAAGUUCACUGUGCAGGCAUCUCCAACCAUGGACAAAAGGAAAAGUUUGAUCAGUAGUUGUUCCAGUCCUCCUGCAAGUCCUACCAUCAUUCCCAGACUCAGGGCCAUACAGUUGACACCUGGAGAAAGCAGCAAAGCAUGGGGAUGCAACUCAGUUCUACAGAAGGAGGAAGAAGAGGAGGAAGAGAAGAGAAGCCAGAAGAAGAAAGGGCGUACCUGGGGACCAAGUUCUCUUUGUCAUAAGGAGAUAGCUGUAGGAGAAGAUGGCCUGAAGUCUCUGGUAGAUGGAUAUAAACAAUGGUCAUCUAGUACUCCAAACCUAGGGAGGGUCCAGAGAACUACUCCUGCCUUGCCGGGAUUCACCAGCCUAGCAGAGAUGGAGGAUGAAGACAGCGAGUGUCUUAAUGGAGACAAAGUGCACCCUUCACCUGGGCGCACCCCAUCGUACCUCUGCAUCCCAUUUCAGAAGAGCGGAGACUUGGAUGGCCCACCCUGUAAUGCCAAUGAGGAGUCCACCCCCAUGAAUUCUGCUACAAGCACCCCUCAGCUCACGCCCACCAAUAGCCUUAAGCGGGGUGGCUCCCAGCAUAAGCGGUGGGAGGUUGCCUUGCUCGGUUGCGGGGCAGUGCUGGCUGCUGCAGGCCUGGGCUUUGAUCUGUUGGAGGCAGGCAAGUGCCAGUUGCUGACCCAGGAUGAGCUGGAACCACCCAAGGAGGAGAAGAAGAAGCGCGACAGUAUUUUCCAGCGGGCUGGGCGACCACGCAGAAGCACUAGCCCACCUUCCCGGAAGCUCUUCAAGAAAGAGGACCCCUUGUUGCUGCUGGGCGAGCCAUCCACCUCACUGACCCUCCUUUCCCUGUCUUCCAUUUCUGAAUGUAACUCCACCCGCUCCCUGCUGCGCUCAGACAGUGAUGAGAUUGUGGUGUAUGAGAUGCCCGUCAGCCCUGUGACAGUCAAGGCUCCCUUGCCAGUAGUUACCAACCCGCUGGUCAAUGUACGCAUUGAGAGGUUCAAGCAGGAUCCCAACCAAUCCCUGACUCCCACACAUGUGACUCUCUCUUCCCAUGCCCAGCAAAGGGGGCACAGGCGAACUCCUUCUGAUGGAGCCAUCAAAGUGGCUGAACUGGUUGCUAAUGGGUGCUCUCCCAGUAACUGUUUAACUGGUGCACUGGGCACAGGUGUAUUAAAAACUCCCAGCCCAAGUCGAGAUCCAAAUGAGGUCCCUCGCCUGCCAGACCCCAACCUUGUCUUUCCUCCAACUCCAAGACGCUGGAAUGCACAGCAGGACUCCACACUGGAAAGACCCAAGACCUUGGAGUUUUUGCCGAGGCCACGCCCUUCAGCCAACCGGCAGCGGCUUGAUCCCUGGUGGUUUGUGUCGCCCAGCCAAGCCAGGGGUGAAUCCUCUGCCAACAGUUCAAGUACUGACACCCCAAGCAAUCUGGACUCCUGCUUUGCUAGUAGCAGCAGCACUGUAGAGGAGAGGCCAGGACUUUCUGCUCUGCUUCCUUUCCAGGUGGGUGUUCCUGUAGUGGAGCAGAUGCUAUUGGACAUAGAUGUUGAGGGUCAGAGCCAGGACAGCACGGUUCCGCUAUGCAGAACUGAACUUAAAACAACCAAACCUGCAGCGUAUGAACUGAAACAAGAGUUCUGGUCUUAGCAUGAAAUCCGUUAGGGGGCGGUAAGCCCCUUUAGAGUCAAUCAUACUACUUGCACUGAGAAUGCACUUUGAAGACGGAUAAAAUGGAGGGAUGCUACUGAGAUCAUAUAAUGGUGCUGCCUCUAUUGAAAAUGUGUUGUCUGACUGCCUGAUUUUUGUCUGCAGUUGGAUGUAACUGCGCGACUGAAAGCUGCUGACUUUUGCUGUGGGGAUUUUAGGUAGUCUUCCUUAUCUUGUCUUUGCAGUUUGAAACUGCAAUAAGCAAAAAUGAUCAUAUCAAAGUCUCUGUUUUUGACCUCACAGAGCUUGACAAAUGUUGUAUAUUGGUAUAUAUCCCAGUAUUAACCUGGAUCCUGAGAUCCCAAGUAUUACACUAUAUCAGGUACCGGUGUUUGGUAUUUUCCCAAGGCUGUCCAAGUGGGAGAAAUGGCAAAUAUUUGGAGAUUUGCUCCACUGAAUGCCAUUCUUAUGGCAGGGUUGGUCUGGUAUCUACCCGCUACCCUGGCAGAAGCACCUGGCCCACAUAUGUUUGGAUUUUAUGGGCUCUAAUAAAUUUCUUUGUUAAAUGCUCCUCAGAUGCAGUUUUCAUCUGGAAUUCUGACACAUUCCAUCUAAUCAAAUCUAUCUUAUAUAUAGAUAUAUAAUAUAAUGUAGUCCCUUUGUGUGAGUGGACCUGUAGCUAGAACAGUAAUUCACUCUUUCUGUUGAGUUCUAUGUGACCUCAAAUGCAAGCUCUCCACACUGAUGUUGUAUAACAAAGCCAACAGCAUUAGGAAUCAGACAGGUAUAUUUGUCUUGCAGAAAGAACUCAAUGUAUUCAGUAGUGAGGUUCUUACUCACCCUGUCGAUGCUCGGAAAAUCAGGCAUAUAAUACUAAUGGCCUGCUUCCAUUGAAAUCAGUGGGAGCCAGAUCUGGCACUGAGGCCUCAUAUCAUGGAGAAAACAUGUAUCUGGAUUAAGCUAAGGUCCUAACCACUUCCAUUCUUUAUCUUAUCCUAUUCCUACUCCUACAUCUUUUAUCCUGGGUUAAUGUCUUUCCUACUUUAAUCUCUUUUCGUCUGUCCUGUUGUCAGUAGCUGGGAUGCUCCAAAUCUCCAAUAGAAUUCUUAGAGACAAUUCACUAGGAGCUAGGAAGCUGAGAGCCAAUUGAAAGAGCACAAAUCCCCAUUGCUACUUUUGACCACAUGUUGCCAAAUGGAGAAGUCUCAGAUCAGUCCCAGUAUUCAAUGUAAUAAUUAAUGUGUUGCUCUAACCAAACAUUCUUGAGGAGGGGAAGGUGGGCAGUGUAAAUUCAUUAUGGGAAAACCACCAUUCAGGUAAAUAUAUUAGUUCUUUGGUAUCUGAAUAAUUCAUGUGCCAUUUGCCAAGCAAGGAAGGGAAAGCGCGUGACUGGAGUUUCACUUGAGUUGACCAAGAAAUAAUGGCAAAAGACUGGGGUAAAAGGUGUUAAAGUUUAAAAAUAGUUUCCAAGAAGAGGGGGGGAAUGGCAAAUGUUGGUAUCUGCUAUAACAGCAGCAAAUAGAGUGGUGCUAAGAUAUUUACAUCUGAGAAACUCCAUUCUUUUUAAAAACUGCUAUCUAGGAAUUGAAUUGAAUAAAUAACAUUUUCAAAGUAACUCCCACAUUUGUCUUUGUGGAUCUUUUCUUCUUUUGUUUCUGUUCUUACCCAGUCCCAUCAGUUCAUUCUAUUUUCUGUUACUUUAAUUUACAAAGUGAGAUGCUGAAUUGGGAAAUCGAAAAACUCCCUCAGGCCCUUAUAAUAUGAAGCCUUGAAGAUUUUGGUUCUCCUUUGUUCUCCUUGUUCAUCCUGUACAACCAGAACAACCAAAACCGAAGAACCACAGGUCUCUUUUGCUUAAUCUCUGGUAGACUGAAAAACUUUAUUGGAGAGAUGACCUUUAUGUAAGAAACCAGAAUGGCAGUAGCUGCAGCCUCUUCCCAGACCAGUUAAAUGAUCCUGCUCUGCCAUCAGAGAUCCCAUCCCAUCUCCCUGAGUUCCACAUCAAUAGUACAAUAUUAUUUUUCUUAGGGUUUUUUUUUUCAGUGUACUAUUGUUGCCUCAGGUGGUUGCUGUGUAUGGGACAGGGAGUCUCAGUGUAUAGUUUCUUUUGAGAGUAGCUGCCCAUGCAGGUUAGCACUUUUAAGAGAUUAAUCUAUUGGCAUCAGUGUGGGGAAAAAAGUGUUAUGAUUUAGCAAAACUUAGUGAAGGUAAUAUCCUUUCAUUGCUAUAGAUGUAGAAGUAUAGGAGUAGUUGCCUCCUCCCCCAGGGUACAGUUGUUGCGGGAUCUUCUUGUGAUCAAUAGGGGCAGUAUAGCCUUCAUAGUGGAGAUCUCAGUCUGAUGUUAAGACCCAUAAAGAGCAUAUAGAGAAACUGGAUAACCUCUCACUCUGUCCAGGUGUUUGCUGUUUGACAUCUUAAGGUAGUUGAAAGAAUAAACAUUGAACUCAAAAGUUUAUUGCUAUUCAGAGCAUUUUAUUUAAAAAAAAAAAAAGUCCUUUUGAAAACUUAUUUACAUUACCUAGCUUCCAUUUGUAGUGUGAUUCUCCACCCCCCGUGUUAGUAUUUAUAUUUGUAGUCAAAGGCAACAUUAGAUACAUGACAAAGAUUCAGGAAUCAAGCCUAGUAUUGCAUCCCAAGGUUCACGUGACAUCCUGCCACUUUCUUGAAUAAUCAAGACCAGCUCUGAAAUCUUGAUGUUUCCUGGGUUUUUCAGAGCUUCUUUUUCCAGAAAAAGAUGCUCACUACCUGCUCAUAAAUGUUGGAGAUAAUCUAAAAACGCAUACCUUUUUUAGGAAAUAUAAUGACCAGCAGUAAAAUAUUGCACAGUGAUGCAAAUCUGCUGCAACCAUGAUGUGCAUUUAGGUUCUGCUUUAUCUUGUGAUUGUCUGUUUUUAGCCUUCUUGCCAUUCCUUUGAGAGAUGAAUAUAGCUUUUUAGAAAAUGAACUACAUUGGGUUUUUGUUUUAAAUAAUCCCUCCCAGUCUGAAAACAUGUAUAUGAAGUUUCAAGGUAAAUUUUUGCCACUGAUCGGGUGGGGCGGCUGCAGCCACCUGAAAACCAUACUGCUUCCUUAGAAUAAAGAAUAAGAUUCCUUCUUUUCCCUUCUGGGGAAGCUUCUCUGCCACAGCAGCUCUCUACAUGGAGAAGAGAAGUUCAGCUCCUGCCAAGAAUGAGGAAGAGAUUUCUCACUCUUUCGGUUCCAAAUGCCUGGGAGCAUCAUUGUCCUACUGAAUGUGGGUUCCUUGGAUUGAUUUGUGAGCUGUAUAGAACAAAUGCUAUGUAUUUUAGGUACAAAGAAUCAGAGAAAUGUAGGGACCUCGAGGUCAUCUAGUCCAGCUCGUGCUCUGCGGCAGGACCAAGUAUAUCUGGAUCAUCCCUGACUGUCUCACCUGUCCUUAAAAACCUCCAGUGAUGGGGAUUGCACAACCCCCUUUGGAAGCCUAGUCCAGAGUUUAACUACCUUAAUAAUUAGGUGGGUUUUUUUUGGCAUCCUAGGUUCCUUUAUAUUUCAUGUCUGCUCUCUGGGGUUUUGUUUCUUUUGAAAGGACCACACUGUGGCUUUCAGUACUGUAGUAUGCUUCAUAGCAUGUCAGAUCCAACACCUGACUUAUAGAGUUUAUACCUUUCCAUUAACUGAAACAUUCACAGAAUCUUCUCUGUUACUGGGGUAAAAAUAAGCAAGCAGUUACCUUCUCUCAGUUAUUGUUCUAAAUCUCUACUUUCAAUGACUUGCUCCGUCCCCGCGAUCUUCAUCAGUUUAUUAUUCAUUAUUUAUUUAUUUAUUUUAAUUGUGGUAGUGCCUUAGGGUCCAAAUUAGGAUCAGGAAAUUGCACACACAUAAUAGGUAGUGCCAGCUCCUAAAGAAGCUUAUAAUUUAGGCAUAAAAAAGAGUCAACAAAUGGAGAAAAACAAAGAUGGAGGCUGGGGGGGAUGGACCAGGCAAUAGUGAAAUGAUUUGUGUUUAGUACAGUAAGAAGCAGUCACAAGAUAUCAUGUGCCUAAUCAUUGUUGAGAGGUUUGUGAGUAUCACAGCAAAGGUGAGUAUAAAAGAAGGAAUUUGAAGGAGAUCAGUGUAGCGGCUUUGUGCUCUUUUACAGGAAGCUCCACCCAUUCAUAGGGAUCAGAAUGUGGGGAAGGCACAAAGAUUUUUUGAGUGAACACUGCACUAGUGAGCUAUGAGCUGGCACAGCAACGGUAGAAAUCAGCUUGAUAACACUUAUUGUGUUGGAUCUCAGAUAUUCAAAUAUAUGAUGUAAAAUAAGAUAGAAUGUAUGUGCUUUAUUUAAAAGAUUCUGCUUAUUUUUCCAUUGCUGGAGUCUCAAAAUAAUCAGCAUGUUUCUUGGCAGUUUAUGACCUGCGUAGUUGUUUGCCCUCAGUCCAACCAGUCAUUAGCUGCAGGACGUAUUGGCUUUUACUACUGUUAACAAUACAGAUACAUAAACAUGCAGAUUAAAAAAAUGCCAUCUCAUGUAUUUUAAAGUAGAACUGCACAUUACCAUGAUGCACUUCUCUAGUUACAAUACUGGUCCUUUAAUCUAUCUAUAUCUAAUGCACUCAUCACCUUAACAUCUGAGUGUUAGUAUCUAGCAGUUAGUCCAGGGCAGCAACUAUUAGGAAAGCAUGAUGUAUUCUUAGUGCCCAAAGCAGUGGAUAUUAUUAAAAGCUUCACCUCUCCACCAAAAAUAUAAAGAAAUGCUGGAUGGUUGAGUAAUACAUGAGGAGUUGAGGGGAUGUUAUAUUGUCCAGGAAUGCAGGGAGUAGGGAUCGUUGAAAAUUUUCUGUUUCACAGUUUUUGGAUGGAAAAUUGAGUUUCAUCUAAAAUUGAAACAAAAUUCUAAAUCAGUUCAGAUAAAAGAAAUUUUUUACAACAAGACUUCUUAUGGAAACUUGUGAUGUUUUUCAUCAAAAAUUUGAAUGCCCAAACCCCAAAAUAUUUCCAUUUUGAAAUGCUGCCACAGUGCCUCAUGGGAAUUAUAAUGUUGGCUAGAUGUGGACUCUUGCUUAAUUACACUGUUAGCUCUGGAGUUGAUGAUUCAGCUGGACAAACAAAUAGCAAAUGAGGACCUGACGUAAGUUUGAGGAUAACCCAGUGGGGCAUGCUUAUUUUGAUUCUUUGCAAGAUAGUCUCAUGUUGGGACAAAUACCCCAUCACCAUCUAGUGGGCUUUUGUGAGGCCUUGCCCACUUUGGGAUUUUAGCCACCACUGUAGCUGCACUACUUCAAACUCCUAGCGUACACAAUAUAUACCAGUGCAACACAAUUUGCACUGGUGCAGCUUUGUGCCAGUUUUAAAGGGAUAUAUUUACACUGAUGGCCAAAAUGCCAGCAUAGACCAGGUUAAGUGUUUUGUGUAUCCCAUUUGGGAGUAGUUGAAACCUCUCCUCCCUUUGUGCAGCUUGCUUACCUGCAGAUGUCCUAAUCUUCUCGUUGGGACUUUCCCAAGAACAGAUUAAGAAGUCUGGGAAGAUUUAACUGCUUCCCAUUUUAAGGCAGGAAGAGGGAGAGCUGGAGUGGGGGUAUAGGCCUGCCCCGACCAUAUCCUUUUCCCUUCCAAAGUCUGCAUCUUUGCAGUAAAGGAAGAAAAUGGGGUUGGGAGUGAAGUGGCAGAACUAUUCCAAACUCCACUCAAAUGAAAUGCCACUCAUACCAGAUGAUCAGAAUAUGAUCACAUCUGUUCCCUGGGAUUCCUGGGCUUGGCUGCUCCUCACUGAGGUCCCAAAACACCCAUGUCUUUGUUCUUGACUUCUCCUCAAUAAGGCUCAUAUCCCUACUAGGCUUCUUGAAUUUCUUUGAUUCUCCAUUUAGGGGAUCUUAGAUGCUCUAGUGAGCAUCUUGGGUUUGGCUUCUUGAUGGAAAUGGGAAAGCAUGGCAGUAGCUCUCAAGUCCAGUCAUUCGUAGCACAAGAAUGAACUGUCACAGAGUAAAUUGUGGAGAUCUUCAUAAUAUGGUUCCCCCCCCUUUCCUACAUGCUUUGAGACAUGAAAUAGACUGUGUUUUAAGCACUGUUACCACUGAGUAUUUGCAUGGGAUAGUUAAUACCUCCCAGAACUGUUGUUCUGGGCUCUUAAACACUAGCAGACGUUGCUGCAUCAGUAAUGCUCUGGUCACAUUUUCAAGGCUAUCUCAGCAACCAUGACAGGUAGACAUUUCCCCUUUUUAAAUCUUGGACUCUGGAGAAUAAAACAGCAGCAUGACAGAGGUGCCAGUAUUGCAUACUGCCAUGUACCAGUUGAAUUUGAGCUCUGCUUUGCAGAGAUUGAAAGGUGUUCCUUUUUAAAAUGGAUCCAUCUGGGGGAGAGGUUAGGUUGCUGAGUGGAAAAAGGAUGUUGAGCACCUACAGCUCCCACUGAAGUCAAUAGAUGUCUCUGCAUCUCAGGAUUGAGCACCUUAUUCAGAAGUUGAAAAUACACUAAAGGUCUAUUUAAUCCGAACACUAAAAUGUUUUAAAUCUUGGGGUUGGAUGAUUUUUCUAAUGCAAGAGUUAUUUUGGCUGAGCAUCUGGAACUCCAAAGCAGAUUCACCAGUGGAUCAGUUUAGUUUAGGGUGAGAGUAGGCCAUUGUUUAAUUCAGAGAGGAACCGUCCCAAUGGCAAAUGAUUUUAAGUGGGGAGCAUCUAGGUAGAAAAGAUGUGGUUCCUCUGGUUCUGCUACCUAUUGGCUAUACACACACUAAGGAAAUGAAUGGACCCUUUUAGACCCUGUUCCUGCAAAACACUUGAGCACAUACAUCCAUUCCCAUUCAGCAAACCACUUAAGCACACGUUUAAGUUGAAGUAAAGUCAAUGGAACUGAAGUGCUUUGCUGAAAUGGUGCCUUAGAGCUCUUCUCUGCUAAAGUGAAGGGUUGUGCUCCUAUAUGUUCUAACCAGGCUGUUCUUAGGAUACGUCUAAACUGCAAUUCGAUACCUGUGGCUGGCCCGUGCCAGCUGACUCGGGCUCAGAGGGCUCAGGCUGUGGAGCUGUUUAAUUGUGAUGUAGAUGCUCCAGCUGCAUCCUGAGCUGAGUUUUCGGACCCUCCCACCUUGCAGGGUUCUAGAGUCCGCACCCCAGCCUGAGCCUGGAUGUCUACACUGCAGUUAAACAACCCUUUAGCCUCAGUCAGCUGGCAUGGGCCAGCCGUGGGUUUUGAAUUGCAGUGUAGACAUAACCUUAGAGGAAUGGCAGUGUAUGACUGUCACUUGACAGGUGACUCCUUCCUCCAGUUCUUCAACAAGGCUUUAAGAAAAUGCCAGCUUGUGUGUGCUUGUAUCUGCUGACUGCUGUUGUGAUGUUAGCUCUUAUACUUUGAAUAGGCACUUUCAGAAGUUUGGAAGUUUCUCUUGCCAAAAGUGGAGGCACUGUUUCCAUGUGGACUGGUUGUGAGCUGUGAAGGGGCGUGGGUGGGUGAGGGGACAGAAGUGUCAGUAACCCUGAUGCCUUUUCUCCAAUUUAUUUCCCCCAGCCCCUUGCAGAAUACACACUCAGGAUAGUGUUCUGUCUUGGCUACAAUUGCCAAGCCCAGCAACAGUCUCUUGUGCCACCUUCAGCUACUUGUUGCUGGUCCAGCACGGUAUUUGCUGAUAUGUAUAAUUUGUUCACUGUAAAUGUGGGGAUGUUUCUGGUGCAUCUGAGAUGUUUGGUCUGAGCUACGUGUUGAGUGGUUUAUAUCUAAGGAGUAGGUCAGGGAAAUCACUGUCCUUUUUAAAUACUAACUGUUCUGUGUAUCUGAAAGGUCAUUAUCAUCUCAGCCAGGGAUGUAUUUUCUGCUCUUUUUAUGCAGUAUAUUUCUCCUCUGUUUGCCUUAUCUACUAACUGUGAAGCUGAUCUUGCUCUCAUUAAAGUCAAUGGCAAAAAUCCCAUUGACCUAAUUCUGCUGUAUUACAACGCUGUAAUUAUGGAUUCACACCAUUAAACUGGCGUAACUGGAACAGAAUCAGGCAAACAGAUUUCAGUGUUGUUUGACUGUGCCCUUAUGCUCAGUCUUCUGAGGUGCAGAACUCUUUCUGCUCCUGUUGAAGUCAGUUAGGAGUAAAGGGUGCUGGACACCUCAUAAGCACCAUGCAUUCUGCAGGAGUGGGCCUUUAUUUAUGACCUGCUAAUUACCUCAGUUUGCAGUGUGGCUUCUCUCUCCUGUCUAGGGUCUUCACAAAUUUGUCAUGAUAGGAAGCAUUACUGGAAGGUGACAGUAUAUUUGUCAGCAGCAAAGUGGUCAAAACUGCAAAUGCUAAUUUCCUCCUGUAAGUUAAAUAAAAUAAUUGAGGCCACUCUUUCCUUAUUUGUGUGUGUGAUGACUUAUUGUUAAAUGAAGUGAUUCGUUGGAGCCUUCCUUUAGCUUCUGCUCAGCAGCAAGCCUAUGGGGAAAAUAAGACUGAAUUCAUUUUUUAAAAAGCUUUAUUUGUGACACAGCUGUUGCCUCUGACCCAUUAGGGCUUAAAAAAGUAGUUAAAUUAUAUCAGUCUGGUUUGUUUCACUGUAGCUAACACAUCAGCUGAUUACUCUUGUGUAUAAUCUACUGUAUCUCUUUCCUCAGUUCUGUGUCAAUGUACUGUGUGUAUCUUGGAUUUCAGUUAUUUUUUGUAUUAAGUUCUUUUGUUAUAGAAUAAUAUUUAAAUGAAGCAAAGAGCUAAUUAAUGUUGUCAGGUUUUUUGUUCAUUUCUCUGCCUUUUUUUGGAUGUCCUGUAAAUUGUAAACCAAGGAUGCCAAGCAGGCUUGGUUCAAUGGCUAAAAUUAUUAUUGUAUUACAGUGUAAUGCUGAUCUAGGCCUUGUCUCAACACAGACAACAGAGACUUGAAUAAAACUGUUGAGUCAUCUA